AUGACGGUUAUCUUUUUCCACGAUGAUUUUGCAGGCGGAUUCUCCCCGGAAGAGGUAACACUAUAUUCCUAUCCAAUGUUUCUUUCGUAUAUUUCUUUCCAUAUCUAAUGUCUACAUUGUGAGAGUCUCGAUCUUUCUUCUCUCUCUCCGUGCUUCGGCUGGCAGAGGGAUUCCUUUUGGUUUCGAUUGUUUAUCUCGGGACGUUGUAUUGUCCUGUCCUGGUCUGAUUAUACUUUGGAAUGAAGACCAGAAGCAGAUAGGCUAAAUGGAAAUGAAGUUGAUCGCAGUAGCUACAGGAGAAUGAGAGACGUUAGGUCGGUGAGCCAUCGUCAAAUCAAUGAAUAGAGGACAACGAGGAAUGAAAGGAACACGAGUGAACAGUCGACCUGACUGUAAGGGCAAUCUGGGAGAUUGAAGUAUGACCUGGAUGCCGUUUUACGCUGUGUAAUCUCAAGAUGGUACAUGAGGUCGAUCACGACUUCAAAGGCAUAGGGUUUGAAUGAGCUUUUUAACAAAAAAAUUAAUUUUGUAUUUGAUGCAAUCGAAUUGCUUGAGGGGAUUUUGCUUUGCUAUGACUGUCACAUUUGUUCACUUUGCAUUUAUGUAGUUAUAAAAACAUCUUGAGAGCCCGACGAUUUAAGAUCGUCGCAUGAUGGACAAUGCUUUUGAGGGGUGAUACAUUAUUUUAUGUUUGGCCUCGCAAUGUUUUAAACUUGUAAUUUUCAGAAAGAUCUUAUUGACUUUAAAGGACUUAGCAACUUCCCUUUGGGUUGGUGUUUGAGAAAGCAUUGUAAAACCCUAUACAUUAGAGAAGUCUAUGUGAUACUCCUUUGGCAGCAGACGUUUUAUUUAGAAUUCUUGCAGACAUUCGAGCAUUCGUCUAGUGGUGCUGUGGAUGUUUACACCAAGACCACCGGGGGGUGAAUCCAAGACCAAAACCAAACCCAUAUGGCCGCAUGCUAUUCCAAAAGCUGCAUGACAUAUUUUGUUUUACCCAUAUGAUCAACAUAUUGCUUCUGCCUUCUAUGCAGUGUGAUUCUUAGUGGGAAAUGGCUAGUAGUUCAGAAAAAUUAUCUGCAGAGGAUUUCACGAACCACUUCGAACUAAUUAACGAUUGUGUGAGUCUUUUGAGGGAUUGGCCAUUGAUAACAGAGAAUGGAAGACUUGAAGAUCCUGUUUUAGUCAGGAAAUUCAGAACUAUGUUCAUUGUUUCGAAGCCUAAGAUUCUUUUUAAAGAUGAUUUAUCUUUAUAGGUUUUUCCUCCUUUCUCUCUUCAUCCAUUUUGUAACGUGUUCGCCAAUUAAAAAAUAUAUGUUUAUUUAAAUUCAGACUUUUAUUUCUCAUUUUUCAUCUUCAUUGUGUUUCAUACAUUGUUUCUUUCAAUCAUUUUUAAAUAACUGUAUUCACUUAUUCAUUUGCCCUUCUUUCAGUCGGGCGUUCAUUUUCAUGUUUUUCCCAUCAAGCCUAUGUCUAUUCAGGGAUGGAUCAGGAAGAGAGAUGGGGAUAGACAAGGCGUUCGUUUGUCUGUGACCAUUCGUUGUUCUCUUCUAUUCACCACCAUUAUUUGCUUAAUUUCUUCCUAAAAGAUUACAAACCUUAUUCUCCCAACUGUUCGCUGGCUCAACCAGCACCCGACAUCAAAUAUAGAAUAACGUCCGAAGAAUAUUUUAUCAUGGCAUUGGAACCCUUACCGGUAAAACUAGUAGAAUAUGAUACCAAAAAUACUGUGUGGAUGCUUUCAUUUGUCAGAAAAACUCGUUAUUCGCAAAACUGCAUUAAAACAAGAAAUCUAAUGGUUGCCUGUAAACGUCACCUUUCUGGGUAGACGCCUCUUCUUUCUUUUUUUUUCCCUUUCCUGGAUAAAUCUGUGGUACAUGAACUGCCUAAAUCUUUCUUUUUCUGGCAAAACCCGGGUUUUGUGUGAGCGGCAGUCAUUCUCCAAGCUUGACGACUGGUCUCAUUUCUUGUCUCGAAUGAAUUUUACUGCCAUCACACAAUUUAUUUGCGUCAUAAACGAAUGAAUUGCCUUACUAACCUUUGAAUGGGCGCAAUUAUCUCUCAGGUCUUACUCCCCUCGUCCCGACAAGGGGCGCCACCGAUCCCACUCCCCAUUCCCCUCACCAUCCAGGCGUCGAGCCAGGUCCCGCUCAAGAUCCGGCAGCGCCGGCAGGUUCCCCCCCUCCCCUCCGACCCUACUUUCUUAAGCUGUCCAAAACAGGGAGUUUUUUUUUUAAUUUAAUAUAUCCUUUUUAUAAAAUGACAGGGCCGAGGCCGAAAAUCCCGGGAACACUCUCUACGUGACGGGGCUGUCCACUAGAGUGACCGAAAGGGACCUGGAGAUCCACUUCUCCAAGGAGGGAAAGGUGCGUCCUUUCUCAGAAGAAGCGCGGGCCUCAGAUUUCAUCCGUCUCAUCACUCGUCUUGCGCGUCUCCAGGUGGCGAAAUCCUUCCUGGUGGUCGAGCCCCGCACCCGCAUCUCCCGAGGCUUCGCCUUUGUGACCAUGGACACCGUCGAGGACGCGGAUCGCUGCGUCGAGUACCUCAAUCAGUCCGUUCUUCAGGGCCGCUACAUCACCGUCGAGAAGGUGCGCGCGCUUCUCUUCUCCAUCUCUUCUUUUUCUUCUCGUCUUCCCUCUAUGUUACCCAGUUGAAGGGAUCAUCCAGCUUCUCAGCAUGACUGGUUUGCUUCCUUUUUUGAGGUCUCUGGUUACAUUCAGAAGAUGAUCGCGUCAGCUGGGCAUGUAGCGACCGAGCUGAUGAGCCCAAUUCAUCUCAACCUUCCUCACCACAUCAACUAAAAACACCAACCACGCCCCCCCAACUAAACAACCUCAGCAAUCAACUCUCUCUCUCUAUCUCUCUCUCUCAACAACAACAACAACAACAACAACACGAACAACAACUAAUCGACGCAUACUACUACUGGUCCCUCUUCUUCUCCUCUUCGCCGAUUAUUCCUCAUUUAUCGAAGAUUUUUCGCCUCCCCGUUUCGUGCAAUCUGUUCUUCUUCUUCUUCUUCUGGUUUCAGAGCUCCCACUUUCUCUCGUUCAUGUUCACUAAACUUCUCUGAAUGUCGUCUGCCUUCCAGUCGAGGAGGAAGCGCCCCCGCACUCCAACCCCUGGAAACUACCUUGGCGUGAAGAGCACUCGAGAAACCAGUAAGCUCCCCCACUCCCCCUCUCUCUCUCUGUGUUUGUCUCUCUCUCUUCAUUUAUAGUAAUGCUUCUUGCUGUGUCGGCUGGUUUUCAGGUCGCUAUUACGAGCGGAAUGGGUACCGCGGUGGAGACUAUGGCCGGGAGGACUACGGCGGCAGCGGCUACCGCCGGUCUCCAAGGCGGUCCUACUAUCGCGGCGGCGGCGGCAGAGGGGGCGACUACUCCCCGCCUUACGGGGGAGGCGGGAAGUCGAGGAGGGAACGGUCCCGGUCGCUGCCGUAUUCUCCCUACGGUAGCCCAGAGGGAGGAGGCUACGGGCGGCACCGCAAUGUGUACGGCCGAUGA